GAGAGCGACACCGAAACUGUGAUACGCCCCCUUGCGGAUCGCGUGGCCCUCAGGGAUGGGUCAAACUCCAGCUUGAGCCUGAUGCCUGAAUGUUGCAAAUCUAGGUGGGAAAUGCUAUCAAGCAGCCAAGGGGUUCUGACGUGCGAGGACUGUCAAGCGGUCAAAGCGUAACACACAUGGUUGAACAAACUUUCGUCGCUAGGUCGAUGAAUGUUGAUCUCGAUGCCCAACCACAACCAUGGACGGCGUUUCCGACUUCCAUCUCUAUUGAGGACGGCACAAUGCCUUGUUCUGAUAGUGUACCCCUAAAUAUCUCCGCCGGCCUAGUGUCGCCGCCAGAGGCAAAAUUUUCGUGUUCCAGUUCACACACAGCGGGCGCCGAAAAGGGGGUUCUGUUACGUGGCAGUGUAGGCCAUGCUCAGUGCCAACAGCUGAGGUGGGCAGCAAGAGCAAGAUUCUGUUUUGUCCAGAUUUUCAGAGGCUCAGAGCUCACGGAACUGACUUUUCUUUUCUUGCAAGGGAGUCAAGCCGAUCUCCGAUUUCUGAUUUCAACCAAAGCCCUGGUCGAGAUACGCCAAGCUGGAUUGAGAUUCCCCUUUGUUUGUGUGUUGGGGUCCUGGGGUUUGCCCUCAUCGGCUUUCAGAACUGCUUCUGAUGCGGAUCCUAGGACAUUGUAGUUUUCUCAAAUUUGGCGAAUAUGACGAGCUAUGAAAUCAGAAUGGGCGCGAUCUCGUACGAUUGUGUCCAGCAAUAGAAUCCAGCUUGUUGACUGACGAAACAUGUGUGCUGAGUCCGUCGCUACAUUCCGAUCUCAGCCGCAAGAAUAGAGUCUGAACCCUUCACUGAAGCUCUCCGGGAGCGGGUGAAGUGAUCGGGCGACAUGCCGGAUGAGACCCCC